AACUCCUCUACUGAAGCUAAACUCUAGCUUUCACCAAGAAAGAACGAACGAACGACAGACCGACAGCAAGCCUGCGAACGGAGCAGCAGAGAAACACUAGAAGACAAACCGACAACGAGAUCAACUUGAUCAGACACGAGCAGUUUCUCUCAGCUCCACGACCCUGAGCUCAAACUCUGAGACUAAAGGAAGACUUUCCUAUCGAGACUUUUUUUUUGGAAGAAUCUGAAGCAGUUUCUAAAGAGGAGAAGAGAUGUCUGCUGGAUUGAACAAAAUGAUUGUGCUGCCUUUCCUGUGCAUUAUGCUCUCCUACAUGGCUGCAGGCCAGGAGUGCAGUGGCCAGUGUACGUGCCCGUCCACGCCCCCCCAGUGCCCCCCAGGAGUGAGCCUGGUGCUGGAUAGCUGUGGCUGCUGCAGGGUGUGUGCCAAGCAGAUGGGGGAGCUCUGCACUGAGAGAGACGUCUGUGACCCACACAAAGGCCUCUACUGUGACUUCGGAGCCCCCAUUAACAGGCGCAUAGGAGUCUGCACAGCUAAAGAGGGAGCCACCUGUGUGUUUGGAGGCAUGGUGUACAAGAGUGGGGAGUCUUUCCAGAGCAGCUGCAAGUACCAGUGUACCUGUCUGGAUGGGGCUGUCGGCUGUGUCCCGCUUUGCUCCAUGGAUGUCCGGCUGCCCAGCCCUGACUGCCCCAUGCCAAGACGAGUGAAGGUGCCAGGGAAGUGCUGCGAGGAGUGGGUGUGUGAUUCCCCCUACACACCCGGCUUCAUGGGCUCUGCCUUGGCUGCCUACAGAGAGGAGGAGACCUAUGGCCCAGACCCCUCUAUGAUGAGGGAGAACUGCCUGGUUCAGACUACUGAAUGGAGUGCCUGCUCCAAGACCUGCGGCCUUGGCAUCUCCACCAGGGUCACCAACGACAACCGCGAAUGCCGCCUGGAGAAACAGACCCGGCUGUGUAUGGUCCGACCCUGCGAGUCACACCUGGAGCAGAGCAUCAGGAAAGGCAAGAAGUGCAUCCGCACGCCAAGGCUGUCCAAGCCCAUGAAGUUCGAGAUCUCUGGCUGCACCACCACCAAGUCCUACAGGCCCAAGUUCUGCGGCGUCUGCCUGGACGGCCGCUGCUGCACCCCCCACAGGACCACCACCCUGCCCAUGGAGUUCAAAUGCCCCGAUGGUCAGGUCAUGAAGAAGCACAUGAUGUUCAUCAAGUCCUGCGCCUGCCACCACAACUGCCCCGGCGAGAACGAUAUCUUCGAGUCCAUGUAUUACAAGAAGAUGAUUGGAGACAUGGCGUGAGCCGCAAGAGAACAAUGAGAACUUGUGACUUGAAAACAACAGAACUCCAUCUCAUUUCGCAGCUCAGUAUAUAUGUUUUUUUUUUCUUCUAUUAUGUUUGAUUGUUUUUUUUUUUUUCAUUGUACAAGUCAGUAGUCCAGAUGCUUGUCUAAGUGUCUGUGUGUGUUGUAUGGCUGGUGCAACCAGCCCUAUAGAGCUCAGACAGAGGGUUGCCUAGCAGCUCCAAGAGAUUCCUGCACUAUAACGUCUAUUUUGACAAACCUAAGGUCAGGUUGUCCACGCCAUUCCCCUUAAAAUCCUAUAGUCAGCUUAUCCACGUCCUUUUACAAGCCCGUCCAUUUUACUGUGUAGUUUUUAUACUUAAUCUAAAAGCUGGUUCCAUAAUCUUCUUCUAAAUGAGGUGGGUAAUAACAUCCCCCCUCUCUGCCCCGUCCCUUCACCCCCGAGUCCAGACCAGACCUACAAACUCCAAGCAGCUGUAGAGGGAGCAAGCAGACCACAGCAGGCCAGUGUUCCCCCCUGUCCAAACAGGUCUGAAUGUGUCCUUGUGAGUGUGUAUGUGUGUGUGUGUGUGUGUGUGUGUGUUUGUGUCUGUUCACACAGGCCCUGAAUGUUGGCCUUGUCUCUGCGUCUACGUUGUUUCACUGCUCGCAGUGUGAAGAAAAGGUCAGAGUUUCCGCCCAGGCGUGUUAGAGCUGGGGUGAGAAAUUAAGCAGCGUGCUGAGUUUAGGGUUAGAUAUGGAACGUAGUGGGCACGCCUCAAGGCUUUGCCACGGCACUGAGAAAAAAAAGAAAAGAAGAAAAAAAAAAGACGUACUGACUUUUACUGAUUCAGGUCAGAAGGAAAGGAACAAAGUGUCUAUAGAAACCAACUGUCUGUUUUGUAAGAAAAAUAGAAAAAAAAAGACUGGAAGAAUUGUAAUUUCAUUCCUUUUUUAAUGUUGAUGUGUAAAUGGUGUAUAUAUUUGUACAGUUUAAGUUAAUUUAAAAGCCAAAAGUGUUAUUUGUUCUGUGCUUCCAAAUGUAUCAAUAGUGUAUUUUUUGUCAACAGUAUUUUUUACUAUUUUAUUGAGAAGUGUGACGAGGAUGUUACAUGUUUUCAUGUUGUAGCUGGAAAUAAAAUGUUAUAUUUUUUAUAUAAA